AUCCAUUUGUCCAGCAUAACAUACAAUGGGUCGCGUUAGAACCAAGACUGUCAAGAAGGCCUCCCGUGUGUUGAUCGAGAAGUACUACCCCCGUCUUACUCUCGACUUCCAGACCAACAAGAAGAUCGCCGAUGAGGUUGCUAUCAUUAGCUCCAAGCGUCUCCGCAACAAGAUCGCUGGUUUCACCACCCACUUGAUGAAGCGUAUCUCCCGUGGUCCCGUCCGUGGCAUCUCCUUCAAGAUGCAGGAAGAGGAGCGUGAGCGCAGAGAUCAGUACGUUCCCGAGUUCUCCGCUUUGGAUACCUCUGCCAUCGAGAUUGAUCCCGAGACCCAGGAACUCCUCAAGUCCCUCAACUUCGAGAACCUCGCUGGUGUCCAGGUCACCAACCCUAUUGCCAACGACUUUAAGCCCCGUCGUCGUGGUGACCGUGCUCCCCGUGAGAAGACCGUUGAGGCCUCUGCCUAAACUUCUUCUUUCUUGGUUGCGCUUAUAAAAAUCAUUUCUAAUAAAUAAUUUUGGAAAGCACCACUGCUUGAAGGCU